GCCACAAGCGUGUUUGGCUGGCUUUUACAUGAGGACACAGGUAUGGGGGUGGGCGGGCUGUGUUUCGGCUGCUGCCACCCCAACAUUCUCCCGGUGGCACCUGUGGGCUGAAAUGCCUUCAUCUGCACUCCAAGCGGAUUUUUGUGGAAAAGCGAGUGCGGAGAAGCGAGUGCCAGAGCUCUGCCUUCGUGGUUGCGCAGUAAGGACACUGGCUAACGCGUGUUAGUAUUACGGUGUGCAUCCUGCAAACUUAAUUCGGCCGUAUGAGCCGUUGUUAGAGCAUUAUUUAUUGUGACUUCGCGAGAGCAGACGCGAGCGUGCCAAACGUCAUGCUGCAGCGGCGGUGCUGAGGUCUUGCGACGCUCGUGAGAGGUCGCAGAGGAGCUACGGUUUUGCCCGAGUCUGCACGACCUGACAAUUGACCGUGCAGGGCUGGAUGUUGAAGCAGGAGUCGCAUGUGAUACAUGCGACAUACUGGUAGUCCUAAUGCCGUGUGGCGCGGGUCAAUCCCCAUGUACGCUGCUGAGUACCUUACCUGGGUCCGACGCAAGCCAUAUGGCCGAGCGGUAGAGGAGAGGCCAUACUCCAAGCAUUUAUUUACCGGGCGAGGAGCGAGGAAGGGGCCGGCAGGUAAAGCCUGGUCGAGCACCCCCAUUCAUGCGUGGGUGAGCGGUGUGUUGGCGCGGAGAGAGCCGUUUGAGCCCAACCUAUCUGGCACAUCCUCACAUACGAGGAGUGCGCCGGGCCGCGUCAGUUGUGUCGAAGUGGAAACGCGUGCCAGGGCUUGCAAUUUCGAGGCCCACGGGUAGCGCAUGCCGAUGCAGGGAACAUGCGGAUGAUCUUGAGCGUUUGAGUUGAGGGCAGGAUGAGAUGCGCUGCGGUGAAACGCAACACGCCGUACGGUGCAUGCCCGUUGCGUUCGUAGUGGGGUUCCCUCUCUGUUCAUGCCGAUCCAUUGCCGGGGCUUGUGCGAGAGUGCGACAAGCGGGAGUACCGCAGGAAGCAGGGCCGCAGGCAGAGCAGGCGUGAAGCACAGGCGUAGGUCUCCGAGCCUCCAGGUCCGGUAUGUUUUGCGGUAGUUAGUUGCAUGCAUGUUUGAGUCAUACAUGGUUUAUGAUGUGCGUGCCCACGAGUAGUAGGGGACUGAGGUGCUGCAGCGUUCAGCGUCCCCCGGCUGCCAUUUCCCCGCCGUGUUUUACGAUUUGAUAGUUUGGGCGUACAUCACUGUCUGAGACUCCAGAUCACGUACGUAGUUGCAUACAUGCAUGCUUGUGCCGGGCCGUACCAAACUUUCUAUGUUUGUACCCAAGAGGAGCAGGAGAGUGGUGCUGUUGCACCGGUUGUCUUCCUUCACACGUUGCGUCCGCCCGAAUUGUAUCGGCGAUAUCUUUUCCUGUCCAUUCUUCGUGGUGAUAUCAUGGGCGAUAAUGUGUUGUUGGGCAUGAUCGUACGGUACGGUACGACUGCGGUCAAGCAAGGGAGGUAUGAAGCCGGCAUGCAGAAACUUGGUCUCUUCAGACUGUAGCAGCGCCACGCCUCCGCACCAAUGGGCAGGCACGCCGCAUUUGCUGCAUGCUUAGGAUACUUGCAGACGCGUCGGCACGCCGAGGAACCAAGCAAGCAAGGAGUUAAAUUGGGGAUCUGGGUGGCUGUGAGUUUGUGCGUUCUGGUUGCGGUGGAGAUGUUGUUGAGGACUGUUUAGCCGGUCUAGCACGGAGACGCUACAGAUGCACUGGAAUGCAAGCUGACGAGCAACAGGCCGUCUGGAGAUUUUAAACAAUGCCCCAAGGCCGGAUGGAAUGGUCAAGGAGUGGAAGAAGGUGAAAUGGAGAGUGGAAUGAAUUUAUUGGGUCCUCAAGUGAUCCUGAAUUUACCACGUGCACGGUUGGGUUAUCUUCGUUUUGAGUCAAGCAUCAUGCGGCCUGACAGGUUUAGACUUCGCGCAUCAACAGGUGCUUAAGUUUGAGAGUAUGUCAUACACAUGUCUCUCGAAGCUUGGCGGCCCGAGGGAAGCAGUGCUGGUGGUCUGGUUGUUUGUUGUGAGGCGCGACCAGGUGGGUCUGUACUGUGAACCUGUGCUGCUUGGGUUGUUCAGGGCGCGCGCAGGCGCCCCCGGGCACCGGGUGUGCAGUGGGCUGGGUGGCGUCAUGGUAGGGUGGGCGGCCAGAGUGGAUGGUCAAUCAGGGUUUACAUGGGCAAUCGGAUUACGAAAGGGAGACGGCCGCUGAUGUACCUGAUACCUGCGGUCGCGGAGGGCCUGGCAGUCCUGGUAGGCCAGUAGGACCCACAAUUCGCAACUCGUGAGUUGUGAGACACAGCCUUCGACUGUACCGCGCCGGUAGGCUGCAAGUCCGCCGUUUUGCCCCACCCAUCUUUGGUUAUUGGGUGAUAUUGCUGUGAUGUAAAGACCGGCCGGAUGUUGAUUGCCAUGUGUGGAUGUUUGUGUGUGGAUGUGUGGGUGUGGGUGGGUGUGGGUGUCACCUGGAUGUUUGCGUAUGACAGACUUUUGUUAUUGGGGGUUAUUUUGUGCCCGAUUCUGACCUACCAGACGCGCGGCCUUUCCGUAGGACAGCGAAGGCGCGUCGAGGAACGAAGUUUUUACCACAGUUUUGCGUUGUGGGAUGUUGUUUGUUAGACUGCGAGCUUCUCUCGUCAGAGGCAGCACUAUGUACCGUCCGUACAAACAGGCUUGACGCGCGGUUUGGGCGUGGGCGAACCCGCUGCUGCACUGGUACUGCUGCGCCGCCAAAGUAGGGGAGGCAAUCAUGGCACGCGGCGGUAUCUUGACCGACCAAUGAAGCGUCUGCACUGUGCGGCUUCAGUGCUGAGCUUGUACAAGUAUCACUAUGUAACACGAUGAGGCCGAGGUGGGGUCUGUUGAUGAUGUGUUACGGGGUUGGAAGUGUGCGAUCCUGGACCUGUAACGAGACUAAGUG